ACAGGGGGAGGAGGAGGCUCCAACUGAGCAUAAGGCACAGAGGACAAGCAAAGGAUUAGGAGUGAACAGCAAGAAAAGGAAGGAGAAUUCAAGAUAUUGAAAGCGUUUCAAAGAGCUAGAAAAUAGUUCCUAGAUUAGAAGAUACAACUGUCAGCAACUUAAAACAAUAUUCAGGUUUUAACUUCUGUACAAGGCUAUUACAUAACCCUGAAGCAAGGAAAUUAACCAAAAGGAAUGUGCCUUCACUAUCUAUAGAGAAUACACUUAGCUUCAGCUGCUUCAACGCUCCUUGGAAUUUUAAAAUGUUUCAAGCCUUGGUUCGGCAAGCGUAUCACCCCCUGCCCAGCCACCAGCCCGGGGAACCUGACGCCAAGUACAAGGGGAAGCUGGUGCAUGAAACUCAGCUGAACUGCUUCUACAUCAAACCUGGAGGUUCCAACUAUGGGAGUCCCCGUCCAGCUCAUGCCAACAUGAAUGCCAAUGCAGCUGCAGGGCUUGCCCCAGAGCACAUCCCCACGCCGGGAGCAGCUCUGUCCUGGCAGGCUGCCAUCGACGCUGCCAGGCAAGCCAAGCUGAUGGGCAGCGCUGGCAACGCCACGAUAUCCACGGCCAGCUCCACGCAGAGGAAACGGCAGCAGUAUGGCAAGCAGAAGAAGCAGGGCACCACCACAGCCACCCGUCCUCCCCGGGCACUGCUGUGCCUCACGCUGAAGAAUCCCAUCCGGAGGGCGUGCAUCAGCAUCGUCGAAUGGAAACCAUUUGAAAUAAUUAUUUUACUGACUAUUUUUGCCAAUUGUGUGGCCUUAGCUAUCUAUAUCCCCUUUCCAGAAGAUGAUUCCAAUGCCACCAAUUCCAAUCUGGAACGAGUGGAAUAUCUCUUUCUCAUAAUUUUUACAGUGGAAGCAUUUUUAAAAGUAAUAGCAUACGGACUUCUCUUUCACCCCAACGCUUACCUCCGCAAUGGCUGGAAUUUACUAGAUUUUAUAAUUGUGGUAGUAGGGCUUUUUAGUGCAAUUUUAGAACAAGCAACCAAAGCAGAUGGGGGGAAUUCAAUAGGAGGAAAAGGUGCCGGAUUCGAUGUUAAAGCACUGCGGGCUUUCCGAGUAUUACGUCCACUACGGCUGGUAUCUGGAGUUCCUAGUCUCCAGGUGGUUUUAAAUUCAAUUAUCAAGGCCAUGGUCCCUUUGUUGCAUAUUGCCCUGCUGGUGCUGUUUGUCAUUAUUAUCUAUGCCAUCAUUGGACUGGAGUUGUUCAUGGGGAAGAUGCAUAAGACCUGCUACCAUGUGCAAGGGGGACUGAUAGAUACACCUGCAGAGGACGAUCCGUCUCCGUGUGCCCCCCAGUCUGCCCACGGGCGGCAGUGUCAGAACGGCACCGAGUGCAAGGCGGGCUGGGAGGGACCUAAGCAUGGCAUUACCAACUUUGACAAUUUUGCUUUUGCCAUGCUCACGGUGUUUCAGUGCAUCACCAUGGAGGGCUGGACAGAUGUGCUGUACUGGAUGCAGGACGCUAUGGGCUAUGAGUUACCAUGGGUGUAUUUUGUCAGUCUGGUCAUCUUUGGAUCCUUUUUCGUUCUAAAUCUGGUUCUUGGUGUGUUGAGCGGGGAGUUUUCCAAAGAAAGAGAAAAGGCUAAGGCUCGAGGCGAUUUCCAGAAGCUACGGGAAAAGCAGCAGCUAGAGGAGGAUCUGAAGGGAUACUUAGACUGGAUAACUCAAGCAGAAGAUAUUGAUCCAGAAAAUGAAGAUGAAGGCAUGGAUGAGGAGAAGCCUCGAAACAUGAGCAUGCCCACCAGCGAGACCGAGUCCGUGAACACCGACAACGUCCCUGGCGCGGAUAUGGAAGGGGAGAACUGCGGCGCACGGCUGGCGCAUCGGAUCUCAAAAUCAAAAUUUAGUCGCUACUGGCGCCGAUGGAACCGGUUCUGCAGAAGGAAGUGCCGUGCUGCUGUCAAGUCCAACGUUUUCUAUUGGCUGGUGAUCUUCCUCGUGUUUCUCAACACCCUCACCAUUGCCUCUGAGCACUACAACCAGCCAGACUGGCUCACGGAGGUCCAAGACACUGCCAAUAAGGUGCUGCUAGCUCUUUUCACGGCAGAGAUGCUGCUGAAGAUGUACAGCCUUGGUCUCCAGGCCUACUUUGUGUCCCUCUUCAACCGUUUUGACUGUUUCAUUGUGUGUGGAGGCAUCCUGGAGACCAUCCUGGUGGAGACAAAGAUCAUGUCACCCCUGGGCAUUUCGGUCCUGAGAUGUGUGAGACUCCUAAGAAUAUUUAAAAUCACAAGAUAUUGGAACUCCCUGAGUAAUCUUGUGGCUUCACUCCUGAAUUCAGUCCGCUCCAUUGCCUCCCUGUUGCUGCUUCUCUUCCUCUUCAUCAUCAUCUUCUCACUCCUGGGGAUGCAGCUCUUUGGGGGCAAGUUUAACUUUGAUGAGAUGCAGACCAGGAGGAGUACAUUUGACAACUUCCCUCAGUCCCUCCUGACUGUGUUUCAGAUCCUGACUGGGGAGGACUGGAAUUCGGUGAUGUAUGAUGGGAUCAUGGCUUAUGGCGGCCCCUCUUUUCCAGGAAUGUUGGUCUGUAUUUACUUCAUCAUCCUCUUCAUCUGUGGAAACUAUAUCCUGCUGAAUGUAUUUUUGGCCAUUGCUGUGGACAACCUUGCUGAUGCUGAGAGUUUAACAUCUGCACAGAAAGAGGAGGAAGAAGAAAAAGAAAGGAAAAAGCUAGCUAGGACUGCUAGUCCCGAAAAGAAACAGGAGAUGGAAAAAACAGCUGUGGAGGAAGAGACAAAGGAGGAGAAAAUUGAGCUGAAAUCGAUCACUGCUGAUGGAGAGUCCCCACCUGCUACCAAGAUCAACGUGGAUGAUUAUCAGCCCAAUGAAAAUGAAGAAAAGAGCCCUUAUCCCACAACAGAAGCACCAGCAGAGGAAGAUGAGGAAGAACCGGAGAUGCCUGUUGGCCCUCGACCUCGCCCGAUGUCUGAGCUGCACCUCAAGGAAAAGGCUGUGCCCAUGCCUGAUGCCAGUGCUUUCUUCAUCUUCAGUCCUAGCAACAGGUUUCGUGUCCACUGCCAUCGAAUCGUUAAUGAUAACAUUUUCACCAACCUGAUCCUAUUUUUCAUCUUGCUCAGCAGCAUCUCCCUGGCAGCUGAGGACCCCGUGCGACACCUCUCCUUUAGGAACCAAAUUCUCUUUUAUUUUGAUAUAGUUUUUACUGUCAUUUUCACCAUUGAAAUUGCUCUGAAGAUGACCGCCUACGGGGCUUUCCUCCACAAGGGCUCCUUCUGCAGGAACUAUUUCAACAUCUUAGACCUGCUGGUGGUCAGCGUUUCUCUCAUCUCCUUCGGGAUCCAGUCCAGUGCCAUUAAUGUGGUGAAGAUCCUGCGUGUUCUGCGGGUCCUUAGGCCACUGAGGGCCAUCAACAGAGCCAAAGGACUAAAGCACGUGGUCCAGUGUGUGUUUGUCGCCAUCCGAACCAUCGGGAACAUUGUGAUUGUCACCACUUUGCUGCAGUUCAUGUUUGCCUGCAUUGGAGUUCAGCUGUUUAAGGGCAAGCUGUACAGCUGCACUGACAGCUCCAAGCAGACAGAAGCAGAAUGCAGAGGGUACUACAUCACCUACAAGGAUGGGGAGGUCAGCCAGCCCAUGAUACAGCCCCGGAGCUGGGAGAACAGCAAGUUCGACUUCGACAACGUCCUGACGGCCAUGAUGGCCCUCUUCACCGUCUCGACCUUUGAGGGCUGGCCAGAGUUGCUGUAUAGGUCCAUUGAUUCCCACAUGGAGGAUGUGGGACCCAUCUAUAAUCACAGGGUUGAGAUCUCCAUCUUCUUUAUUAUCUACAUCAUCAUCAUUGCUUUCUUCAUGAUGAACAUCUUCGUUGGUUUCGUCAUCGUCACAUUUCAGGAACAAGGAGAACAAGAAUACAAGAACUGUGAGCUGGACAAAAACCAGCGCCAGUGUGUAGAGUAUGCCCUGAAAGCCCGGCCCCUGCGGAGAUACAUCCCUAAAAACCAGUACCAGUACAAAGUUUGGUAUGUGGUCAACUCCACCUAUUUUGAAUACCUGAUGUUCGUUCUGAUCCUGCUGAACACCAUCUGCCUGGCCAUGCAACACUAUGGUCAGAGCUGCAUGUUCAAGGAAGCCAUGAACAUCCUCAACAUGCUCUUCACUGGCCUCUUCACUGUGGAGAUGGUCCUGAAAUUAAUCGCCUUCAAACCCAAGCACUAUUUCUGUGAUGCAUGGAAUACAUUUGACGCCUUGAUUGUUGUGGGUAGCAUUGUUGAUAUAGCAAUCACCGAGGUGAACCCAGCUGAACAUACCCAAUGCUCUUCCUCUAUGAACGCAGAGGAAAACUCUCGCAUCUCAAUCACCUUCUUCCGACUCUUCCGCGUGAUGCGUCUCGUGAAGCUCCUGAGCCGAGGGGAGGGCAUCCGGACACUGCUUUGGACCUUCAUCAAGUCCUUCCAGGCUCUCCCCUACGUGGCUCUUUUAAUAGUGAUGUUGUUCUUCAUCUACGCUGUGAUUGGGAUGCAGGUGUUUGGUAAGAUUGCGCUGAACGAUACCACAGAAAUCAACCGCAACAAUAACUUCCAGACCUUCCCCCAGGCAGUGCUGCUGCUUUUCAGGUGUGCCACAGGUGAGGCCUGGCAGGAAAUCAUGCUGGCAUGUCUCCCGGACAAGAAGUGUGACCCAGAGUCGGAGCCGGCCAACUCCACGGAAGCCGAUCACUCGUGCGGCAGCAGCUUCGCCGUCUUCUAUUUCAUCAGCUUCUACAUGCUCUGUGCCUUCCUGAUCAUCAACCUUUUUGUAGCUGUUAUAAUGGAUAACUUCGACUACCUGACACGGGACUGGUCCAUUUUAGGACCACACCACCUGGAUGAGUUUAAAAGGAUCUGGGCAGAGUAUGACCCUGAAGCUAAGGGAAGGAUCAAACACUUGGACGUGGUGACGCUGCUGCGGCGGAUCCAGCCCCCGCUGGGCUUCGGGAAGCUCUGCCCUCACCGGGUGGCUUGCAAACGCCUUGUCUCCAUGAACAUGCCACUGAACAGCGAUGGGACUGUCAUGUUCAAUGCCACCCUCUUUGCCCUGGUCAGAACAGCACUGAGGAUCAAGACAGAAGGUAACCUGGAGCAAGCCAACGAAGAGCUGAGAGCAAUAAUUAAGAAAAUCUGGAAGCGCACCAGUAUGAAGCUGCUGGACCAGGUGGUGCCUCCUGCAGGUGAUGACGAGGUGACCGUGGGGAAGUUCUACGCCACUUUCUUGAUCCAGGAGUACUUCCGGAAGUUCAAGAAGCGCAAAGAGCAGGGGCUGGUGGGGAAGCCCUCCCAGCGCAACGCGCUCUCCUUACAGGCUGGUCUGCGCACACUCCACGACAUCGGGCCCGAGAUCCGACGAGCCAUUUCUGGAGACCUGACAGCUGAAGAGGAGCUGGACAAGGCCAUGAAAGAAGCUGUUUCUGCUGCCUCUGAAGAUGAUAUCUUCCGGAGAGCUGGAGGCUUGUUUGGAAACCAUGUGAGCUAUUACCAAAGUGACGGCAGGAGUGGGUUCCCCCAGACAUUCACCACCCAGAGACCUUUGCACAUCAACAAGUCUGGCAACAACCACGGCGACACCGAGUCUCCAUCUCACGAGAAGCUGGUGGACUCCACCUUCACUCCCAGCAGCUACUCAUCUUCAGGCUCCAAUGCCAACAUCAACAAUGCCAACAACACUGCCCUGUGUCGCUUCCCCAGCCCACCCAGCUACCCCAGCACUGUCAGCACGGUGGAGGGCCAUGGGACCCCCUUGUCACCCACCAUAUGUGUGCAGGAGGCUCCCUGGAAGCUCCCAUCCAAAAGGACACAUUACUACGAGACACUGGGACGCUCCAGUUCCAGAGACAGCCAGCUGGCAAUUGUUUGCCAAGAGGAAGUGUCUCAGGAUGAGACUUAUGAUGAAAAUUUGAAUGAAGACAUUGAGUACUGUAGUGAACCAAGUCUGCUCUCUACCGAAAUGCUUGCAUACCAAGAUGAUGAAAACAGACAACUCACUCCACCAGAACACAGCAAAGGAGAGGACAGCCGGCACUCUCCGAAGAAGGGGUUUCUGUGCUCCUCAGCUCUAGGUCGAAGAGCAUCUUUUCACUUAGAAUGUUUGAAAAGACAGAAAAACCAGGGUGUGGAUGUCUCACAGAAGACAGUCCUGCCUCUGCAUCUGGUCCAUCAUCAGGCACUCGCAGUGGCCGGCCUGAGUCCCCUGCUCCAGCGAAGCCAUUCCCCCACCACGUUCUCCCGGCUGUGCGCCACGCCGCCGGCCACGCCGUGCAACCGGGGCUGGCCGCAACAGAGCAUCCCAACGCUGCGCCUCGACGGGGCGGACUCCUCGGAGAAGCUCAACAGCAGCUUGCCGUCCGUGCACUGCGGCUCCCGGUACCCGGAGAGCGGCGGCAGCCCCAGGAGAGCCCGGCCGGUGUCGCUGACCGUGCCCAGCCCCACGGCAGGGAGCAGCCGGCAGCUCCACGGCAGCGCCAGCAGCCUGGUGGAAGCGGUCUUGAUUUCCGAAGGACUGAUGCAGUUUGCUCAAGAUCCAAAGUUCAUUGAGGUCACAACCCAGGAGCUCGCAGACGCCUGCGACAUGACGAUAGAAGAGAUGGAAAAUGCAGCAGACAACAUUCUCAAUGGUAACAGCAAGCAGAGCCCCAAUGGCAACCUCUUGCCUUUUGCUAACUGCAGGGACCCAGGGCAGGACAGUGCAGGAGAGGAAGAGGAAGAGGUGCAGAACCCGGAUUGUAGGAUAAGUCAGGAGGAGCUCAAGGACAGCAGGAUUUAUAUCAGCAGCCUGUAGUUGCCAGGGCUGGAAGCGAUGCUGGUUUUUUAUUUGUUUCAAUGUUCCUAAUGGGUUUGUUUCAGAAGUGCCUCACUGUUCUCGUGACCUGGAGUAACCGGAACAGCGUUCUUCAUUCAUUUCUGUUGGGACGAGUCGCAGAGUUGGGUGGUGUAAGAAAGCUUUUCAGGAGCGGAUAUAACCCCAGCACGUGUCCAUGAGGGAAGAGUGAGGAGGAGGAGGAGAAGAAGAGGAGGAGAGCCAGCUCCCUCUUUUUUUCAGUCCCUGCACAAGGAACGACAGCUGCCUCCGGAGCACGAAGGGGAACCUCAGCUUCCUGUGGAUCGCCCUAGCCAAAAGGACCCUGCGCCAAACGGGUGUCUUUCAACCUUGCUUGUAAAAAUCAUUUUGCACAUAUUCUGUAUGAGCCUCACCGUCUCCAUAAAGCCAAGGCCCUUUGAUUCGGAAGGAGAGGAAGACUUCUGCUGUGGAUUCCCACACGGCCACGGGGAGGAGGAAGCAGGAGAAGCCCGAGGCACGGCCCAGCCCUGCCGAGACUCCGGCAGCGGCCCCUGCCGGCCAAUCAGAGCUCAGGCGGUCACUCGCCAGCCAAUCCGAGUUUAGGCGGUUUCCUGCUGGCCAAUCAGAGCUAGCGCGCCAACUGUGCCAGCCAACGGGAGAGCAGGCAUGGCGGCAGGGCUGAGAGGCCGCCAGGCCUGUGCAGAGUUCUUCUUGUUUCGCAGUUUGGUAUUUUCUUGAAAGCAUGUUGCAGUUUUUAUUUUGACUAUUUUAUUGUUAUUAUUAUUAUUAUUAUUUUGAGGGAGAAGGGAGUGUUUACAGCGUUUUGUAAUCACCUACCUUUUUUGUUUUGGUUUAUUUUCACCUUUGCAGAUGUUAAAUUGGUUUGAUCAUGUUGUAUUAUUUAAACUGGGGUGGGGGUGGUUUCUCCAUUGGAAUUUGGUAGAAGUAUAAUGAUAGAUGAGUUUUACCAACCAUUAUGUACACCGAGGAUUUGUAAUUUUAUUUACUAGCAACCGAAACCUUUUGUUGUUGUUGUUUUAUAAUUUAAAGAUAGUAGGCAAUGCACUUGAUAUAGUCUUGCACAUUUGAGUGAUUGAUUUGGGUUCUUUUUAGUGCUAAGUGUAUCUGUGAGUGUGGGAGCAACAGGAGCGAGUGUGUGUGCACAUGUGUGCGUGCGUGUGUGUGUGUGUAAGAGCAGCUCUCCACGUCCUGGUUUGAGCUGCCUGUGGGAGAUCUGUAUCUGGGGCCAUUCGAAUGCAAAAACAAAACCACUGUCUCUGCUUUCGAAAAGGGAAUCAGUAACUUUGCAUUUUCUGUUCCACAAGAUAUGCAAAAACAAUGCAAUAAUAUUAAUUUUAAAAUAAAAUUGUAAGUUGUGUCGGCAUUAAAACUGUAUAGAAGAAAAAAAAAUUUACGGGGGUGGGGGGAAACAAAAAAAAGAAAAACAAACCAGAAGACGUUACGCUUCGAUAUAUUCCGUGUGAUGUUUUAUUGCAUUGAUAAUGUUUCUGUUGAAGAAACCGUUAUACUUGAAUUCAGGUCAGUUUCAGUAUUUUUCAAAUAUUUUUUUAAAAUGAAUUGCAAUUGUGCCAAGCAAAGAUAAUGAAUUGAAUUAAGUUUGUUUAAAAAAAAAAAGAAAAAAAAAGAAUCACUUCUUGUAUAUUUUGCUGCAUGUCAAGUGAGUCAUUUCGUAUUUGGAAUGUGCCAAGCUUUACCUUUGAACUUUUAAGUGCUUUUUUACGUGUGGUUGGGGAAAGGGUACUACUUUAUUUUUUUUUUCCUUUUUUAAUUUGUACGAUGAACAAAGUGUACCUGGUGUAAGUAACUAUUCUGCAAUCCACUGACAGGUUGAACGUUACUGAUUUUGCAUAUCUUGUGUUCAUUUUCCUUCUUCCUCGCUCCCUUUUAACGUGCACGAUGACUUUAUCGGUAGAGAACCUUUCUUCCCGAGACUGGGACAUUUUAUUCAGGCUUUGUUUUCUUUCCUUUUGCUCAGUUCCUCUAAAGGUCCUGUCCCACUCAAGGGUGGCAAGACCUCCAAAGCCCAUUUGGCAGAUCCAUCCUACACGUUCAGCUGGCACCAGCAAUUUAAGGAGCGGGGCGGAAAAAAAUCUGACUUCAAAAUUAUUUUAUUAAAUAUCUGAACCCUGAUCAAUUUUAGCAGGAUCCUGGGAUAAGAAAUGCAAGAAUCAGAACAGUUGGCAAAGUAAAGCUAUCUAACCCUGGUCUGGGCUGAAAGCAGAGGGAGAGAGCUGUGGAUCUUUCAGAGAAUUGCUGCAGGCUGGUCAAGAUACAGGUGCCAGGUGACUUUUUGGUGUUCCUAGGCAUGGUCUCAAUCCUCUCCCCAGACUUUAGUGGAUGGCACUAAGUCAGAAAACAUCUGGCAGCACAGCAUGUCCCAGCCACAAUUCCUGACUAGUAAGUGUGAAACUCUCACACUGACGGUUGGCUCUAACCCUGAGAGAGGCUGAAAAAACAGGCAGGUACUGUUAGAUUUUAUGCAACUGGUUUUUGUCUAGACUACUGCUGGGUUUUUUUCCCUCCUCAGGAUGAUUCACAAACUUGCAGAUCAGUUCUGAGGUGCGAUCUGACUCAGAGCUAAACUUUGAUUCAAAUCUUGAGCUUCUGCAGAUGUCCAAGGACACCCUUCACUGCAUACAUUGAUUACAUUAUUUUUGUGACGUCCUUGUUUUUCUUCUCGAUUCUCUGGGGCAUAAAGGAGAAAUAGCAAAGGGUAUUUUUGUCUGUAUUUUUUGAACUGGCCAGGAUCAGCUCAAGAUAAAACAAAAUACUAGAGAAAUAUGAAUCGAUUUGUACAAGCAUCUGUCAUCAAAGUCAUAAUUCAAGGCUUCCCUGGAGAAGGUGACCAGCUGGGGUGGGUCAGUCUCAUCCUUUCAUCCCUGUGUGGAGGUGGGCACACAAGUGUGUCCCCAUGUGAGUUUACUGCUGCUGCUGCUGAUGUGCUCCAAAGGGACUUGAAAGGGAAGAACGCCCAUGCCUGGCUGUUCCUGAAAAUGCCAUUUAAGGGUUCCCUAACUCAUCUUUUUUCACUGCAAAGUCCAUCUGACCUCCCAAUGGAAAACAGGGGUUCUUCACUCCUGAAAAACAGUGCUUACCUAAAUUAGUGGUGACAAUGAACAUUUUGGAUGCUUGGCAGCCCAUCUUUUAGCAUUUUUCUUGAUGGGAGGGAAAAUGACAGGAAGGAUAGUGCCCCAGACAUUCUGGGUGAAAGAUGCUGCUCCCUCGGGGGUUGGAGCCUCUGGCCAGGGAAAACCCCGCUCUCUCCUGGAAGACCCCAUAGGUGCUGCAGAGUGGAAAAUGUAUGGCUAGCAGAGAAUGCAAAUGACUUCUGCACUUUGAGGGGUAGGUGUUAAAUUUAUUAAUUGCUGGUGCCAGCUGUGCAAACUUCUCUUUCUGGGGAGGGUGGCUUUCUUUUCAUUUUUUUCAUUUGAGGUACUUCCAAUGUGCACAUUGUGACAGGCCUGAGCAAAGAGCUCUGCGAGUGAGGCAGAGUCUGGGGGACAGUGGGAAGGAGGGGGCAGGUUUAGUUCCUGGAGUGUUUCCCUGUGGAUGGUGGGUACAAUCCCUGUGCUGUGGACGGAAGCUUGGAAGGAAGCGAUGGCUGAGAAGUGGCGUGGAAGGAAAGAAUGGGGAAAAUGAUCUGCUGUUUGCCUCUGAGCAUCUGACUCAUGAGAGGACACUGCAGACUAAAGACAUUUCUUAUAAAACAACAGACCUCCUCCCUGUAUCACUCCUGCUCAUUAGUCCAGACAGUACUGGGUCAGCCACAUCGGGUGCAUUUCUUUUUUUCUUCCCUAUUUCUGUGUGGCUGACGUGAUGGGAAAGCAAGUGGAACUCAUGAUCCAGAGCUGGAGUUUUGCUGUCCACAGAUCUUUUGUGCAUCAUCUGCCUCUUCAGCUGGACAUGUGGACGAUGAUGGUGUAGAUGCUGCUGCUACUGCAGGGGUCCUGCCUGUUUUCUUGCCCUGCCCACACACCCCAGCACGGAGGGACAACCAGAGAGGCGCCAUGUACAGAACCGCAUCUAUUUCUGCUUUGUUUUCUGACUCACAACCCUGCCCCAGUGACUACGACAACAACAACAAAAAAAAAAAAGGGCAAAUGCAUUUUUUACAUUUCUUGAUAAUUUCCAAAGCAAUGUAUCAUUGCUUUCUUUAGACUGACGCCAAUAUAACAGUUGUAUGGGUCUCAGCCAGG